AUGCACCUUAAAAUUAGAGAAGAAAAUUUAUUGAAACAAUUUUGGGAACUUGAGACAGAACCAAAUAACAUUUUCCAAAAGAAGCUUACGAAUGAAGAAAUCAAAUGUGAAAAUUUCUUUCAAUCAACCGCUACGAGAGAUAACGAUGGGCGGUACGUUGUGAGACUGCCGGUCAAAAAAGAAAAACCUGAAUGUGAAGAAGGACAGUUUAGAGAGUUAGCUUCGAAAAGAUUUUAUUCCACUGAGAAAAAGUUACUAGAGAAUCCUAAACAUUAUGAAGAAUAUCAGAAAGUUAUGAAAGAAUAUCUUUCACUAAAUCAUAUGAAGUUAAUAGAAAGUAAUGAAGAAAAAGCAGAUUCUACAACAGUUUACCUAUCACAUCACGCAGUAGUCAAGGAAGACAAGGACACGACAAAAGUAAGAAUAGUUUUUGAUGCUACCCAAAAGGAUGUGAAUAAUGUCUCAUUGAAUGACAGUCUAAUAGAAGGUCGAAAAUUGCAACAAGACUUGAAACAUUUGUUGAUGAGAUGGCGAUGUGGAAAAAUUGCUAUAGUUAAAAUGUAUCGUCAAGUCAGAGUACAUGAUGAUGACACAAAAUAUCAGCGUAUACUCUGGAGACCUGAUCCUAAUCAGCCAAUACAACAUUACAAGGUACUCACCCUGACUUUUGGAACUGCUUUUGCAUCCUAUUUCGCAGUAAAGUGUUUACAACAGAUAGCUAAAGAUGAAAGAUAUAAAUAUCAAAUGGCUGCUGAAAGAGAAGAUUUUUAUGUAGACGAUCUGAUGACUACAUGUAAAACUGAAAAAGAAUUUAAAUUGAUGUAUAAUGAAAUGAAUAAUCUACUACAUGGAUCAGGCUUUCAACUUCAGAAAUGGAGUAGUAAUAGUGAAAACUUUUUAAAAUACGCGAGCGAAGAAACAACUAGUUCUGAUAAAUCAAUAAAAAUCAAGGCUAACGAUACACUAAAGGUUUUGGGCAUUACUUGGAACCGGACAGCAGAUGAAUUUGAAUUUGGAAUAAAUUUACAAAACACAAACGAUAAGAUCACUAAGAGAAGAAUUCUUUUAGAUAUAGCUAGAUUGUACGAUCCAAUGGGAUGGAUCGCACCUGUUAUAGUCAAGGCCAAAAUUUAUAUACAAAAGUUAUGGCAAGCAAAUUUAGAUUGGGAUGACACAUUACCUGAAAAUCUCUUAUCGGAAUGGUUAAACUUUAGGACAGAUUCAGUCAACCCCAAAAAUGUUAAAAUUCCUAGAUGCAUGAAGCUGACAGAUAAUUCACAUCGAGAGUUACAUGCGUAUGUUGAUGCAUCUAAGUCUGCUUAUGCAGCAGUUAUUUAUCUGAGAACAGCGGACACAGAAGGUAAUGUUCACGUGAGUUUGGUUACUGCCAAGACGAAGGUUGCACCAAUAGAGAAAGAGGUAUAUAUUCCGAGAUUAGAACUUUGCGGUGCAGUUCUGGCUGCGAAGUUAUUAUACGAAGUAUCCCAAGUGUUAGACAUAAGUAUAAAUAACUCAUUUGCUUGGACUGACACAACAGUGGUGUUGGCAUGGCUACGAGAUUUGCCGAAUCGCUGGACAACAUUUGAUAGUAAUCGAGUAUCUGAAAUUAUUAACAUUGUUGAUUAUGAACGAUGGAGUCAUGUAACGACAGUUUUCAAUCCGGCUGACUGGGCUUCGAUAGGCCCGCAGCCAUCAGAAUUAUUAGAUCAUGAACUUUGGUGGAAAGGUCUGCAAUGGCUUCAUAGUAGAGAACUCGAAUGUAACAAAACAGAAUUUAAUACACACAAAGAAGAAAAACCUAUGAAGACUUAUGUAGCAAUAAAAGAAACAGAAGAUAAAUUUCCAUGGACUAAAUUUUCAUCAUUAUCAAAAGCACUAAGAAUUCUAUCACUGUGUAAAAGAUUUUUAAUAUUAACAAAAUUAUCAAAAGAAGAAAGACACAAGAUAAAACCUAUAAUAACUACAGACGAAUGA